CAAAGAAUUGAUUUUCCACUCCUUUUUUGGGUAUAAAAACAGGUGGGACAGUUCUCAUUUCUCACAACCCGAGAUAAGAGCCACCAGAAAUCAGCAAAAAGGGUGUCAACAAUCGGAAAAAUGGCGUCCACGCCAGAAGAGAGCGAUAUUCGAGCGGAAAUCCCAGCGCUGCUGUCAGCGGCCGAGCAGGAGCGCAACAGACAGCUCUACCGGCCACAGUACCGACAGCGAUGGGGCUGGCGCGAUGGUCAACAGCCAAAACUUACCAACGACGAGAUUGUAGAAUUCGUGCGAACGUAUGCGUGGCCGAAAGAGACGGAGAUGGUGAGUCGUACUGGUACACGAAAUUGGGUUGCAAAUUGUGAUGCUAACUUUUGGGUGCACGCAGGCACUGCAAUCCUUGUUUGAAGCGAACUAUGACGUACCUAAAGCUGUGGAGAUCAUUCACAACGCUCGUCACGCGAAAUUAAAACUGAAACGAGAGGAGGCAGAACGCAUACAAAAACUUACAUUUGAGAGAGCCAUGGACAGACACGGGAAAAAAUUUCAUCUCGUCAAGCGGAGAUUCCCCACCGUGGCAACUCGAGAGUUAGUGAGCAAGUUUUACCUAUGGAAGAAAACGCCCGAGUAUGAGAAAUGGCAUGACGGGCAGCGAGAGAAAAAGAGGAAGAGGGAAGCCAAACGAAUCGCUCAACAGCGUCCUGCUGCAGACCAGCACAUGGAGUUUUGUGGAAUCUGCCUAAAAGGAGGGAAGCUGCUGUGCUGUGAUGGCUGUGAGCGGGCCUACCACCUCAAUUGUGUACGGCCGGCUCUUUUGGAUGUUCCCGAAGGAGACUGGUUCUGCUCGCACUGUCGGGAUGUAUCUCCCGCGAAGAAACCCGAGGAUUUGACUGUACCAGGACCUGGCGUCUCUAAACCGACUUCAAAACCGAAGACACGGCCAAAUGGCAACAGUCUUAAAGGUGGGAGCGACGUGCAACCUGCUAGUCACGUUCAAGAUGUUAUGAAAAAGCUGGAAAUUAAAAUUCUGACGACCGGGAACGAGAAGCGUCCUGCAACUAGCAAGUCGAUACCAAGUAGCAGCCUCAAAGUCGUUCCAGGAGCUCCCAGUCCUGAAGAAUUAAGUCCGACCGAUGCCAUUAGUGACAUCACGACAGAGUCCGAGUCGGAUGGUGGUGCUGCUAAAAUAUUCCAGUCCCUUUCGCCAAACCCAGCGCCGUCGAGAAAGCGAAAGCAGCAUUACGCUAGAAUCGAAACUGCAAUUGGUCGGCCUCGCUAUACUUCCCCGUCCCGAUCUCUGGAAUAUCUGAGUAACCCGCUGCACGGCAACCGUAGGGAUGUUCGGCGAGAAGUGAUGCCUCUGCAACUGGAGAUCGUGUCUUCUGCGAGGAAAAGAAAGCGUCAACGAGAUGCUCAGCACUGCACUCUGCAGUCUCUUACAAUGGGCGUCUGAAAUCGAGUUUCGUACAGUAGAAUUAGUAGUAUCAGUCCAUGAGCUCCAAUAACUCCAUCUUUUUCAGGCAUUUCCGACGGAAGAAGUGUUCAAGUAUACAACCAAAAAAUGGUGGCUAGUGUGCACAAAUAAAUACUAGAAGAAAGCC